AUGGACUUUGAAAGCAAAGAAAUCUUGAUAAGUUAUUCUGAUCAAUAUAGAGACGAUUAUUAUGUUUACUUAAUAGUUUAUCUGGAUCAAAAAAUAUCUCAAAAGAUUCCAAUAAAUAAGAGAGGUAUUUUAAAAUCUAAAUUUUAAAGGGUUUUUGCUAAGAGAGCCAGAAUGGAGAGAAUUAGGUAUUAAGCUAUUCAAAGGUUGGCUUAAUUAUGAUGUGCACUAUCCAGACCCUUAUAUUCUAUUUUUUAGGAAGAGAAUAGAUUAAAGAAUUUAAGAAAAGAAAAAAUAAUAAACUAAAUGA